CUACCAAGCGAGUGUUGUACGUGGGUGAGCAGGCGCGGGUGCUAAGUGGAGUCUGGGCGAACCUGGCCGUGAGUGGGUCGUGGCGUGGAGCUGGACAGGUCUCCGGACGCGGAGGCCGGCGAGCAGCUGUCUAGGCCGCAUCUAUGGCGGGCCGCACCCACAGCAUAUGGAGGUUCUCAGGCUAGGGGUCUAAUUGGAGCUGUUGCUACCGGCCUAUGCCACAGCCACAGCCAACAGCAACACCAGAUCCUAGUCGCGUCUGCGACCUACACCACAGCUCACGGCAACGCCAGAUCCCUAACCCACUGAGCGAGGCCAGGGAUCAAACCCACGACUUCAUGGUUCCUAGUCGGAUUAACUUCUGCUGUGCCGCAACGGGCGCUUCUGCUGUGCUGCGACAGGAACUCCCAGAUGAGAAUCUUAAAGAAGGGUGAAAGGAGUGUGCUUCGUGGACUUGCAGAGGAGGUGGAUGAUAAAGUUCUUCAUGCUGCUUUUAUCCCUUUUGGAGACAUCACAGAUAUCCAGAUUCCUCUGGAUUAUGAAACAGAAAAGCACCGAGGAUUUGCUUUUGUUGAGUUUGAGUUGGCCGAGGAUGCUGCAGCAGCUAUUGACAACAUGAAUGAAUCUGAGCUCUUUGGACGGACAAUUCGUGUCAAUUUGGCAAAACCAAUGAGGAUUAAGGAAGGCUCUUCCAGACCAGUUUGGUCCGAUGAUGACUGGUUGAAGAAGUUUUCUGGAAAGACUCUUGAAGAGAAUAAAGAAGAAGAAGGCUCAGAGCCUCCCAAAGGAGAAACCCAGGAGGGGGAGCCCACUGCCAAAAAGGCCCGGUCAAACCCCCAAGUGUACAUGGACAUCAAGAUUGGGAACAAACCAGCCGGCCGCAUCCAGAUACUCUUGCGUUCAGACGUCGUUCCCAUGACAGCAGAGAACUUCCGCUGCCUGUGCACCCACGAGAAGGGCUUUGGCUUCAAGGGCAGCAGCUUCCACCGCAUCAUCCCCCAGUUCAUGUGCCAGGGCGGCGAUUUCACCAACCACAACGGCACUGGGGGCAAGUCCAUCUAUGGGAAGAAGUUUGAUGAUGAAAACUUUAUCCUCAAGCACACGGGACCAGGCCUGCUCUCCAUGGCUAAUUCUGGCCCAAACACCAAUGGCUCCCAGUUCUUCCUGACGUGUGACAAGACAGAUUGGCUGGACGGCAAGCACGUCGUGUUCGGGGAGGUCACAGAAGGCCUGGACGUCUUGCGGCAGAUUGAGGCCCAGGGCAGCAAGGACGGGAAGCCCAAGCAGAAGGUGAUCAUCUCUGACUGUGGGGAGUACGCGUGAGGCGCCAGAGGGCUCCUGUUGGCGGCAGGCAGCAGGGCCUUGUGUCCUGGUCAGCAUGGGGCAGCUCCUCUGCAGGCACAGCCUGGCCUCCUCUGGCUCUGCCCCAGGUGUGGCUGAGGGCCUGAGUGCCACCCUUCCCUCUGGACAGCUGUGCAUGGCCUUUCCAGCCUUUGCUGCCAGGGCCUCUCCUGGGCCAGCAGUGUGACUCUUAGACAUUUUCUUCUGGUAAAAUAAAUCCUAGUUUUUGUAUUGCCGCCUCCAGCUAGUUCCUGGGAGUUAUCAGAGCUCACAUCUAAAGCUCAGUUGUCUCCCUGAGAUAGGUUGACAAAGAAGUAGGGCACAGCAUCUUCCCCACAGCUUUGCUUUCCUCCCUUGGGCUAGUCCCUGAGAGGGAGGUGAGAGAGCUUUAAGCCAGUACCCUUGUCAGACCGUUGUCAAGACCACGGAAAUCAGGGGGAAAGUUCCUGUCUUCCAGUGCCUCUACUCCCGUAUCAUAUUGCCAGUCUCACAGCCAACGGGUGUACUUCUCAGUCUCGGUGAAUCAUUUGUUUAUUUUACCUUCAUUAUACAGAUUUUUUUUUUUUUUUUUUUCUUCAGGGCCGCACCUGCGGCAUAUGGAGGUUCCCAGGCUAGGGGUCGAAUCAGCUGUAGCUGCCGGCCACAGCCACAGCAACGGAGGAUUCGAGCCGUGUCUGCAGCCUGCACCACAGCUCACGGCAACACCAGGUCCUUAACCCACUGAGCGAGGCCAGGGAUGGAACCUUCGUCCUCAUGGAUACUGGUUGGGUUCGUUAACCACUGAGCCACAACGGGAACUCCAACACAGAUGUUUGAUACUUUAUUACUCAGAGUGCCUUCUCCAUGCCCUGUACUAUACUUACUUGUGAGGGAAUGAGAGGUUAGCAAACCCCCUGAGUCUAAUCAGCCCACUGCCUAUUUUUGUGAGUCAAGUUUUACUGGAACACAGCCACACCCAUUUGUUUACAUGUUGUCUGUGGCUGCUUCCUAACUACAGUGGCAGUGUUGGUGACAGAUCGUGUGUGGUCCCUGACCAGAGCUCUCCAUAGCAACAGGACCAAUGGGAUGUGUGUCUAGGUACAUAGACUUAGUUUACAGAACUGGCUCUGCAGUUGUGGGGGCUCACAAGUCUGCCAUCUGCAGGGCAGGCCAGCACACGAGCCCCAGGGAAUAGUUGAUGUUGAAGCUUGAGUCCAAAGGCCAGCUGGUGGCAGAAUCCCUCAUCCCUCAGGUGACCCCAGUCUUUCUCUCCCACGGAUGCCCAACCAUAGUUGUGGAGGGUCAUCUGCUUUACUCCAAGUCUACUGAUUUAAAUGUCAGUCAUAUCUGAAAAAUACCUUCACAGCAAAUUCUGGACUGGUGUUUGGCUAAAAAGUAGAUACCAUGGCCUAGCCUAUUGACACAUAAAAUUAACAGCAUGGUCCCAAAGCCUAAAAUAUUUACCAUCUGAAUCUUUGCAAGAAGUUUGCUGACCACUGAUGAGACAGGUGGCCCAGCCCUGCUGAGCUCACAUUCUGGUCCCUGUGUGCAGCCACUGUCUGCUGCUCAAGCCAGGCCAGCUUCUCCUCACUCCCAUUCCAUGGACUGGUCAGCCAGGCUUUAAAGCCUGAUCUGCUGAAGGCUCUGAGCAAGGCCUGGGCCCUGCAGCCUCUGGACAGCUCCCUGUGGGAUAGAUCACUCAGAUCAUUCAGAGACGGCUGGGCUGGGCUUUUCCAUCUUGAGUAGAAAUCUGAUGCUUCAGCAGUGGCCUGUAGCGUUCAGUUCCCUAGCCCCAGAGAUCCCAGGAUAGUGCCUGCUGAGGGAUGAUGACACUCCGGCCCUCCCUGUGGCCCUCACAUGCCAGAUGGACUCCCAGCCCUCAGCUGAGCUCCCUUUGCUGCAGUUGGCUGGGUUUCUGCCUCCUCGUGCCUGCACCGUACCACAUAGUUACCCCUGGUCCUUCUGGAGCUGCCAAAAGAGGCCCCCAUCCCACCCUCGAGUGUGGACUCUGGUGGCGUUAGGACAGGCUUUAGUAAAGCAGUAUGAUAGCAGGAGCCAAGGAAGGAUGUGUGUGAAGAGCUUACUUAGCACAGCCAUCCCAAGAGGGGACCACUCCUUUGACAAUGACUUUGUUGCUUUCUGUUCUUCCCUGAUAUCCUGGGAAGGUUGAGAGCAGCCAGCAGGUUGGAAAGCUCAGCAGGUUUGGAGUCAUCCAUGCCAGUGGCCUUCCCAGUACCCUUCUGAGUGUCCGUGGGUAUUAUCUCACUGUCUUCACACCAGAACCCUGUGCAGAGGCACACCACUGCACAGGUCGCCCGGAACCACAUGGCAGAGCUGGGGUUGGAAGCUUGGCCAUCUCCCCCCACCCCCCACUGUAGUGGAGUCCUGGGGGGUUUCCUGAGCUCUAGCCUCAGUCUGCAGCAGGAUGGCCCAAAGCUUGGGGGAGAAAGUCACAGGGCCCUGCUCUGCCAGACAGGAAGGGGGGCCCAGAGCCUGGGGAGCAUCGGCCUGGUCACCUUGCUCAGCUGCUCACUGCACAGCACCGGCCUUAUUGCUUAGUAGGCUCUGGCCUGUGGGUAGUGGACCCCAGGGCUCUCUCAGGCCUUUGUUCCAGCGUCAGGCCCCAUUUGUGCUAGCUGCACAGAGGAGGAGACCUCGGUUUGUGGCCCCAGAACCGGUCCUGUGACUGCUAGUGUUUCUCGCAGCAUGUCUGCUCCAGAUGCUGCUGGAAUGAGAAAGAGAUUUUUAGUGGUGAAAACUGAAUCUUGUAGAGUUCAAGUGAUGGAAAACUAGAGAGCCGUAUUUUCAAAAAAUAUUUAUUAACAGGGAAGACUUCACCAUAUAAUAAAGUGGGAAAAGCACAUCUAAAGCUGUUCAUAUAAUACAGUAUGAUCCCCAAUUUUGCAUAAAUACCUAUGUGUGAUAUGUAAACGUGUAUUUUAUAUGUAUCCUAAGAAAAAAAGCCUAGAAAUAAAUUCACCAAAAUAUUAAGUGUA